GGAUAAAUGAGGUUUCUUCCUGAACUAGAGCACGUUAAAGGAAAAAAAAUCAGACUGACGGUAAAGCAGCGCGGCGACAAAGAGCGCGUCCACUUUUCCAGCAGUGAGAAGUCUCGCGUUGGAUGUGAGAGAGGUGUCCGUCUCGUCUCUCCCUCUGAGGAUCAGCCGCUCCGCAGCAUCAUGAGCCAGUGGAAGCAGAUCCAGCAGCUGGAGAUGCGGCUCCUGGAGCACGUGGACUACCUAUAUGAUGAUAAUUUCCCCAUGGACAUCCGGCAAGGGCUGGCCAGCUGGAUCGAGUCCCAGGACUGGGACACGGCCGUCAGCGAUGAGUCCAUGUCCGGGGUGCUGUUCACCAACCUGUUGUCCCAGUGGGAGAAGCUGCGCUCCCAGGAGCAAAACUUCCUGCAGAGGCACAACAUGAAAAUCAUACAGCAGCAGCUGCAGCUCAAGUACACAACCAACCCUGCAGUCAUGGCCAGAGUUAUCUCCACCUGCCUCAAAGAAGAGCAACGCAUUCUGUCCAGCGCCUGCAUGCAGGAACAGGGUCCACUGGAGAAGUCACUGCACAACUCUGUGGCGUUUGAGCGGCAAAAGAACAUGGACAACAGAGUGGCAAUCAUCAGAGGCAGCGUGCAGCUGAUGGACCAGGCUGUAAAAUACAUUGAAGACAUGCAGGAUGACUUUGACUUUCGCUACAAGACCCUGCAGUCUCGUGAAUCAUCAGAAAGGAACUCUGACAUGAUGAAACAGGAAGUAACUAGACUACAGGAAAUGCUUAACAGGCUUGAUUUUAAGAGGAAGGAGGUGCUAUCAAAGAUGGACGUGUUGCUCAAAGAAAUUGAUGACCUUAUGACCUCUCAGCUCAACCCUGAACUGCAAGACUGGAAGCGAAGGCAGCAAAUCGCUGCCAUUGGUGGUCCCCUUCUUACCGGCUUGGAGCAGCUCCAAAGCUGGUUUACUCUGACAGCACAGAGCCUGUUCCAGACCAAACGGCAGCUGGACAAGCUGGGAGAGCUGAUUGUUAAGGUUACAUAUGAGAGCGAUCCGAUACCGCUGCAAAAGCCUCAGCUGGAGGAGAAAGUCAAAUACCUCAUCUACCAUCUCAUCAAGAGCUCUUUUGUGGUGGAGAAACAGCCUUGCAUGCCCACACAUCCACAGAAACCUCUCAUCAUAAAGACUGGUGUACAGUUCACCACCAAAGUCAGACUUUUGGUCAAACUCCCAGAGGUGGACUAUCAGCUUAAAGUGAAAACAACAUUUGACAAGGACCUCCCCCCGGGUAGAGUAAGUCGUCAGUUUUUCAUCCUGACCAACAACACUAAAGUCAUGGACAUUGAGGACUAUUCCAACGGCUGCCUCUCAGUGGAGUUCAGACAUUUGCAACUCAAAGAGAAGAAGUACAUCAAUGGCACAAAGGGGAAUGAGGGCCUGCUCUCUGUGACUGAGGAACUUCAUUCUCUCAGUUUCGAGGCUUGCUUCACCGUUCAGGGCCUUACCAUUGACCUGGAGACAUGCUCUUUGCCUUUAGUGGUGAUUUCUAAUGUCAGCCAGCUGCCAGGCGGUUGGGCUUCAGUUAUGUGGUACAACCUCCUGACGGAUGACCCCAGGAGUUUGGGGUUUUUUGGAAACCCGCCCCGAGCCAACUGGAGCCAGCUCUCUGAGGUCCUCAGCUGGCAGUUCUCCACUUUUGCAGGAAGAGGUCUCAAUAAAGAACAGCUAUCUAUGCUGGGAGAAAAACUUUUGGGUCAGCAUUCUUCCUGCGGAGACUUUCAAGUUUCUUGGUCAAGGUUUUCAAAGGAAAACAUUCCUGGGAAGCCCUUCAGUUUCUGGAUGUGGCUGGACUCCAUCUUGGAGCUCAUCAAGAAGCACCUGCUGCCGGUCUGGAAUGAGAACUACAUCAUGGGCUUUGUGAGUAAAGAGAUGGAGCGUGCUCUGCUGAAGGACCGAGAGCCUGGAACCUUCCUGCUGCGCUUCAGUGAGAGCCACCUCGGCGGGAUUACGUUCACCUGGGUGGAGCACAGUGACAGCGGCGAAGUGAAGUUCAACUCCGUGGAGCCGUACACUAAAAGCAGGCUGAGUGCUCUCCCGUUUGCCGACAUCAUUCGAGACUACAAAGUGAUUUCUGAUGGCGUGGUCCCUGAAAACCCUCUCAAGUUCCUCUACCCCGACAUCCCCAAAGACGAAGCAUUUGGGCGCCUCUACAACAGCCAGCCGAGUAAAGUGCACCCAUACAUACCAUCCACCCUCAUUCCCAUCUCUGAAUUGCGUUCGAAUGCAAGCACCACACCAACUACGUGUCGGUCUCCUGAGCCCCCGAUGACUCCUGGGGAGUUUGACAUGCUAAAUGAGCAGCUCUGCUUUGACAUUGACAGCAUGAGCUCUCCGUAUUCUGAGUAAAACUUUCUCAUCAGCAGUGCUUUUACAUCCUGACUCCACACCGCUUCACUCCAUCCUGAUAAUAAUAAUAAUAAAAAACAUUUUGCUUUUUGUUUAAA